AUGAAUGAUUCAAACGCUGUAGAAAGUCAUAUCCUAAAAGAUGACCAAUUUGUCGGCAAACGAGGAUUACCAGAUGUCUUCACAUUAAGUGAACAUGGCGCCAUCAAGCGACGGCCGCGUGUACUAUUACAGUUCAUGGCUGACCCACCUACUAACUACGAUUUGUAUAAGUUUAGCUAUUCGGCCGAACCAGGUGAUACAAUAGCAACAACCAAAGAAGAGGAAUGGGUGACGCGGAAGAAAAGCGAAGUGACUACUACUCGUCAAAUAGCUACAAGAGUAAAACGGGAGUUAAUAUUAGAAGAUGGGCGCAUUCUAAGCGACUCGGGACCCAAGAUAUCUACCUCAGUCAAUGAAGACACGCACACCACCAACUAUCAGCAGACUGAGCAUCGCGUACCCGAUGAACAGCUCGAAGAGGAAGCGGUGGAAAAUGACGUUGGAGCAAUUGGGGCGGCACCUGACGAAGUGGACAGCCCAUUCAUUGAUGGAGUGGUUGCCCCAGCCGGGACUAAGGUGCAUGUGACGUCACUGGUAGUAGCCAAUCCUGAUGGGAAGGUGCGGGAGAGCCACGACAGGCGAGUGCUGACAAGGAACAUCACGGAACGAGUGCAGGAGACAGAAGAAAGGAUACACAAGGGAGAUACUACUCACGAGCCUCUACGAGGUGAUGUUACGAAAAAUUAUCUCCAACUAUGGGACCUGUUCUUUGUCAAAGAUUAUGAAUCCCUGCUGCCCGUAUUGCGUGUAGCCGCCGAUGUGCUCAGCAUUCAUAUUUAUAAGGAUGACUUGCACGCUAAGCAGAUUUAG